UUUGAUCCCAUGUGAUCCCGUGUGAUCCCGUGCAGAUCCCGCGCGGAUCCCGUGCCGCAGCCAUGGAGGAGCCCCAGCCCUGGGCCUCCCUGAGCCCCUCGGACUUUGCGCAGCUGCAGAAGUACCUGGACUACAGCAGCCGGAGGGUGCAGGACGUGCUGCAGGAUUUCGGCACUGAGGGGGCCCUGGCUCAGCCCCAUCAGGGCAAGAGCCUCGACCUGGAGGGGUUCUCGCAGUUCCUGCGGAGGUACCUGGAGAGUGACGAUGUCCCGGAGCCGCUUUGCCGGCGCCUCUUCGCCUCCUUCCAGAGCCAGGAUGGCAGCGACUGCGUCUCCCUGAGCGACGUCUCCUGCUACUUCUCCCUGCUGGAGGGGGGACGCCCCGAGGACAAGCUGGAAUUCUCCUUCAAGCUGUAUGACAAGGACGGGAACGGGGUCCUGGACAGCUCGGAGGUGGAUCGGAUCAUCACCCAGAUGAUGAGGGUGGCCCAGUACCUGGACUGGGAUGUGACGGAGCUGAAGCCGAUCCUGCAGGAGAUGAUGCGGGAGAUCGACUACGACGGCAGCGGGACGGUGUCCCUGGGCGAGU